UGGAGGUCCGAGACCAUCUCCCGCCGAGACUCCUCCGGGUUCGAGCCCUAUUUGCGAGGGCAGGAGUGGGAUGGGCUGAAAGUGAAGCUCUAGAGCGGGAAGUUUCCUUCCGCAGCUCGGACUCUUCACUGUGACAGGUGAUGGCCGAGUCGGCGGAGGAGGCGGGAGCCCGUUGUCCGGAGGGCCUGUGGCCUCUUCCCCAACAGGUGUCACCACGAGUGACCUACACACGGAUGAGCCCACGGCAGGGUAAGGAUGUCAGCUUCUUCUAUCACCCCUGUGCCCACCCCUGGCUGAAGCUCCAGCUUUCCCUCUUGGCCCACAUUUAUACGGCCCAGCCCUCACUUGCUCCUGACUCUAGCCUCACUCGGGAUCGGCCCCUGGUAUUGGAAGCACAGGGGGUGGUACUGGAGAUGGCAUGGGUGGAACCAGCCUGGGCUGCCUACUGGCUAAAGAGGAGGCGGCGGAAGAAGCAGAGGAAGAAGGCCCUGGCUUUGGCCUUUUCCCUGAGGACCUGGCGGCCCCCAGGCACAGAGGUGGCAUCUAGAGGGCCCAGGCAGCACUCUCCUGGCAGUGCCAAGAAGCGUGAGCUGCGGGCUGCUCUUGGUCACCAGCCCACUCCCUCAGCCCUGAGGCUCCCCUCUGCUUCCCCAUGGAGCUUGGAGACCAGGCAACCCAUGCUGGGAACCUCGGGUAAUGCCCCGUUUGUGCCCACUGCCCCCCUGCUGCCUGGGGGGCCUGGAGGCAAUUCCAGUUCCAGGUUAGAGGCUCAGGUGCCCAAAGGGCAAAGCAGCCCAGGUGGCUGUGCCUGUCCAAACCAGGCUUCCCCAGCCCUGCGGGCAGUGGUGCCUCGGCGGACAGCCCGGGGCCCCACCCCACGCACGGAGGAGGCUGCCUGGGCAGCCAUGGCCCUGACCUUCCUGUUGGUGCUGCUCACCCUGGCCACACUCUGCACUCGGCUGCACAGAAACUUCCGACGUGGGGAGAGCAUCUACUGGGGGCCCAUAACGGACAGCCAGGACACAGUGGCUGCUGUGCUGAAGAGGAGGCUGCUGAUGCUCCCGCGUCGGGUCAAGCGCUCCCGCCGGAGACCCCUCCUCCCGCCCACGCCAGACAGCGGCACGGAUGGGGACAGCUCCGACUGACCUGCCCCAUACCUGCCACUGUGGCAUGUUCUGCUCCUCCUACCCGGCGAGGCCGCGACCUCUGCCACGUGGACCGCGCACAGGGCCGCCCCCUGGCGGCCUGAUGGGGCAGUCCUGCCUAAGCAUUUGCAAAGAGGUUUACCCUUAAAAAUGUUUUUUUUGCGGGCAGGGGUGGUUGAGGAGAGA